UAUCCAUGAUCGUGAUCUGUAAGCUGCCAAUAGGAUAAAUGGGCAUAAUUAAUUCAGACUCGAUAGCUGGAGGUCACAUCUCCAAUGUCUCAGCAGGUGGCAGAAAUCCAAACUCCGACUCUCCGCCUCAUUAAAACGGAUAGCUUGUGUGAUCGUCCGUGUCCUUGUUCGCUUAUAUUCAACGGGGUUAGUAGGAUUGGCGAUCUCCUACUGGCAUAAUCGCUGGGCUUAUCAUCUCCUGGUGUGCUGUCGAAUCCGAAUGUACCAGCAUUACUUGAUAUGUGUAGUGUUCAGUCUGCUCAUAUGAUUGUUAUUGAUUGUUACAAGAGUCGACUUCAUGAGCUUCUUUUGCUUUGUGCUGAUGUAUGUGAAUACUGUCUGUUGAUCAUUCAAUAAACUUUAGAUGAACCCAGUAGUUUUCGUCGUAUGGUUCAUGGUCUCGAAACAAUUCAACAAUCUUGCGUAGGUUCUGUAAUGUCAAGAGCCGCAUAAUAUCCAGCGUUAGCGAAUCUGUUUUGUUAGUUCACGUUCUGGGAGACACCUCUUCCUAGAUAAUUCGUCAAACUUCUAUAAAUUGCCUGAAUGAAGAUGAGACUCCAAGGUCUGCAAAGAAACUUAACCUUCUUACUGAGUGUUAGUCAAGCAUUUCGGACAUCUUCCAUUGAGGUAGCAAUGGUUACAGCAAAGAUCUCCCACUUUGUGAUCUUCGUCAAGUUGGAUUUCGUCAACCUUGUGUCUUCAACCCAGCUGACGGAGUGAAAAUGAAGAUUGAGGGGUCAGGAAACGUGCGAAUCUAAGUGUGAGACUUCAAAUUCAAAUUGCUUUCGAAGACCGAGACGUAGUCCACCGUAGUGAUGGCAUUGAGGACGAUUGUGGUUCAACUUCUAUUGCUUGUCAUACUUUCAGACUGCGAGACCUGCAUGCCGCAGUUGGAGUCGACCGCCGCAUCAGCGAAUGGCUCUGCAGUUGUGACGAAACCUGUUACCUCGCAUGGCGUGGUCUUGAACGAUACGUACACCACCGAGGUGCACAAUGUUACAAAGACCACCACAUCCCGCAGCUUGAUCAGCAAUCCUUGCAAAGGAAGUGAUAUUAAAAUCAACCAAGAGGAGAUAUCGGGGGUGGGAUUGCCUACAUGGCAAGUGCGGAUCAUCAACGAGUGCACUAAUCCCUCGUGCACCAUCUCGAAUGUCAUAGUGCAGUGUGGACUGUUUCAUUCUGGAUUAAUUUUGGUGAACCCCAUGAUUUUCAGGCGUUUGGACGCGAAGCAGGGAACUUGCAUUGUCAACAAUGGACGAACAAUCGGCCGAAUGGAAACAAUAACCUUCAAAUACAGAGAGAUCUGGAUGGAGCCGCUACGUUACAGAUCUGCUCGGAUCUCUUGUGUUGGUGGGUAGACUGCGCUCUCUGCCUGCAGCACUUCCUGUCUCUCCCACCACGCCCAUUACCAAAGGAGCUCGAGGAAUUCCACCAUGGUAUAUAGAUGUACAUAUGUAACCGUAUUUGUAGAGAAACUUAACAUGGUGAUUGCACUGCCACGAUUCGACUAGUUGAGUGAAUCGUAUUUACGGUGGUAGCGACGGCCAUAGUUACUCAAUUCAAUAAAUAAUUUUCUGUGGGUCAUGUUCUUUAGUGAUCUGCACUUUCAUUGUCCCUGA